AUGUCGGCACCCCCGAUGUCUACCGAGCCCUCCACUUCCUCCGCUCCAGCCGCAGCGUCAGACCAAGACGCAGCGCGCAAGAAACGGCGCAAGGAUGCUUCUACAGGCCGGGGGCACGUACCAAGGGACGCGAACGUGCCUCGACAGCCGAGGGUGUACAGAGCGUGCGAGAGCUGCAGGAGGAAGAAGAUAAAGUGCGAUGGGGUGGAGCCCGUCUGUGGACAGUGUUUGGGAAACAUCAAUGCUUGUACUUGGAAGCCUACUGCUGAUCGAGCCGCUCACAGUCGACAAUACGUCCAACAGCUCGAGACUCGCUUGCAUCAUAUGGAAACCCUGUUCCAGCACGUGGCGCCAGUAAUGGAAGCGCUGACCGCCUCCACGCAAGGAGGAGUCCAGGGCCAGCCGCCGAACGGGAUCGGACUUCCCCAGCAGGUAGCGGCUCAGGCCGCGAGGCACUAUAUGCAGAACAUGAACGACGCUGCGCGGGCAGCGAUGGCCCAGCAGCAGAGCAUGACUCUAGGCACAGCCGGUGCCGUGCCCGCUAAUGUCGGCACGAGCGUCUUGCCCCAGGGAGGGAUUGGCAUGCCGCAGAUGGACGAUAGUAGCGAGCUGGAGGAAGAGGGGAGUAGCGAGGAGGAGAGUGUGCAGACGGAUGAUGCGCCCGAUAGUAGUGAGGAGGUGGCACAGAAGUUUGGCCAACUGCAGGUGGACGAGAAUGGCCAGUGGAGGUGGAUAGGAGGCGCGAGCACUAUGUCCCUCGUCGAGAGCUUACGUAUGCUUGCUAGGCAGCCGACAUACCCCUCCCCACCCGGUGAACGUGGUGGGAUGGACGAUCUACUCUUCCCGAACGCUAUCGGGCUGGGCAAAGUCCGACGUGUCGCUCUUCCCCGGAGCUCGGAAGUCGAGUACCCUCCCCGGGAUCUUGCUGACGCGCUCGUCGAUGCCUACUUUGCCAUGUUCCACCACACGCUGCCCGUGUUGGACAAGAUGAGCUUCAUGACCAAGUAUCACGAUCAUAUGGAGCGAGGGACGUACAGGGACGACGCCGGGUUCCAGAGCACGAUCUUCGGUGUGUUCGCCGUUGCCGCGAGGUUCCUUAACGACCCUAGGCUUGGGGACGUCAAUGGGGAUGGAGGACUGGCGAUGACGUUCUACGAUCGGGCUAUGAUCCUCCAUUUUAUUGGGGCGGACAAGACCCAGCUGGCGCAUGUCCAGUGCGUCGUGCUCCUCAGCAGUGCACUAGCGAGCUGGAACUUGCUCGCCGAGAGUUGGCUACUCCUUGGUCAGGGGAUCCGGACCGCGCAGGAUCUGGGAUUGCAUCGUGCGGCUCCAAAGUCCUCGCUCACCCCGCUCGAGCGGGAGAUGCACAAGCGUAUCUGGUGGUGUGUGUAUAUGCUCGACCGGCUACUUGCGGUCGCCCUCGGCCGCCCGCUCGGGAUCGAGGAUAGCGACUGUGAUGUUGAGCUCCCCCUGCCUUUGGACGACGAGGCGCUCCGACUGCACCUUGAAGGCCAGCCAAUGGGCGAACCGUCAACCAUCAUGGUAGGGUUUAUCGCUCUCACCGACCUGGCCAAGAUCGGCGGGCAGAUGCUGCGUCAAGUGUAUGCCGUCAACAAGACCGGUUUCCACCUGGAUGCCGUGGCGGCCGCUGCGCUCCAGCAGUCUGUAGACGCGCUCGAUUCCGCCCUCAGCAAGUGGUGCGACAGCCUUCCCCCCGAACUGAGGAGCAAGCCCCAAGGAGAGAAGGAGAUCUUCAUGGCUGCUAUCUUGUGCACGUCUUACUACGCCAUCCUCAUAUCCCUGCAUCGGGUUUUCCUCCCUACGUCGCGCAGGCACGGACCGACCCAGUCAGUUUCCAUUGCGAAGGCCGUUUCCGCCUCGAGGAACUGUAUCCUCCUCGCCAAGGCUCUUAGGAACAUCAUCUUCCCCUCUCACCACCUGGCUUUCUUCGUUCAGUACCUCUUCAGCAGCGCGGUCAUCCUCUGCCUGUGUAUCAUGCGCCUCAUGGACGAGACGCAGAGCAAGCAGUCCAUGGCCGAAGUCACCCAAUGUAUCCAGUGUCUGCACGACCUCGAGUCCUCCUACCCAGGCGCAAAGAAAUGCCGCGACCUGCUCAUCAAGUUGUUCGAGGUGAGCAAGGAAUACGCAGCCCGCCGCGCGGAGAAAGAGAGACAUCCGCAUCCUCACAAUAGGCUGCAUCGUGCGGGUAGCAUGCACAAGACCCGCAGGCAUUCUAACAAGACGGGCUCGAGUUCCCCAAGUGAUUGGAGCGGGAAGAGGCCGCAUGUUACCCCGCCCAGGGAGAUGUCGACUGGUCAGGUCUUGCCCGGAAAUCAGCCGAUCAAGAUGUCCCCCGGUCAGAUGAACGCUGUCCCGCAGCAGGUAACGCCGCCCUCCGCCUACGGGGGUGUGGGACAACAUGUCCUUCAGGGAAUCGCCCCUUCCGGAACGUAUACCCCGGGACAGCUGAGAGCAGCAACAAUGUCGGGCAGUUCGAUGGCCGCACCCGCUUACAACGUUCAGUCCGGCACCGGAAACACUGGAUCGCCGACGCAUACGUCUCCGUCCAGCGUAGACUCUGCGGCGGGCCACAAGCGCACACGUCAGGAAAGCCAGAUGCAAGACCCCUCUGGAUCGUCGUACAUCCCCACUUUCGGAGCGAGCACGCAGCCCUUGCGCCAGAUGCACACCCAUCAGCCGUCGCCGAUUCGUAUCGUCCCGCCCGGCAUGGCUAACAUUCCCCCGAACCCUGCGUCGGCUCCCCCUGCUCCCGGAGUUGGAUAUCCUCAGAUGCCGCCACCUGGGUAUCUGAACCAGGCGCCGAACAGUGCGAUCAAUCCUGCCAUGACGUAUAAUGUUGCUGGACCGGAGUGGAACGCGCCCGUCAAGCGAGAAUCUCCCGCACCGCCUAUGCAAGCCUCGGGCACGGCGCCACCCAAUCCCGGAAGCUACACGCCCUCCCCACCGAACUAUCAGACUGCGUUCAACGUGGGUGCCAAUGGAAGCAUGCCGGCGUUUGAUCUCGAGGGUCUGAAUCUGCCUCCUGGUGAUGCGGACUUUUUGAACAAUUUUGGUGAAGGCUGGUCAGACUUUGGUGGCUCUGAUCAGUUCCUCGACAACAGCAUGUCUCUUGACCCCAGCUCUUUCGACUUCGCUUUCGAUAAUACUUUCUUCCCUCUUGACGUAGAACGUCCCGGGAGCGCGAACGCAAACAUGCUGCAGCAAUAACCGG